UAGGUGUCUCGCUUAGCAUUCGCUCAUCAGACACGCGCAGUCAAGGAAGCACAGCGGGAGCGAUGAACGCUGUCCUCAGAAACUCGCUGAGCGCCGUCUUCUCCGUCGUGGUAUUAUCCGCAUCAGCUCUGGACACGCUUCCCGAGAGCGCGCCAAUCGUGCGCACGGAGUGCGGACUCGUAGCCGGACAGACACUGACCGUGAGUGGACAAGAAGUGGACGCCUUUUACGGUGUACCUUACGCAGAGCCACCCGUCGGAGAUUUGCGCUUCCGCAAGCCCGUGCCGGCAAGGCCGUGGAACGGAACGUUCCGAGCGACGUCCAAGCCCCCGCCAUGCGCCCAGACAAACCACUUCCACACGGACAAUGUGACACUUUACUACGGGGCAUACAACUCGGAGGACUGUCUCUACCUGAACGUGUGGAGGCCGACCGCGCCGUGCAAGGGCACCGUUUCCUGCCAGGUGAACCUUCCCGUCGUCAUUUUUAUCCACGGUGGCGCAUUCCAGUGGGGCGACUCUGCCAUCUUCCUCCACGACGGAGCCAACUUUGUGGCACUGUCCAACAUCAUCUUCGUGAGCUUCAACUACCGGCUCAACGUCUUCGGAUUUCUCUCCGCCGAAACGGAGGAUGUCCCGGGCAACUGGGGUCUCUGGGACCAGAAUAUGCUCCUCAAGUGGGUCCAGAGGAACAUCCGCUUCUUCGGCGGUGAUCCGAAUCAGGUGACGCUCCUGGGCCAGAGCGCCGGCGCCAUCUCGGCGGCCAUACACACGGUCUCGCCCUACAGCGAAGGGUUGUUCAAGAGAAUCAUCAUGCUUAGCGGAAGCCCGAUAAACGUCGUCUUCACCGUAGCAGCGAAGGGCGUCGACUAUGUCAUGAGUCUCGCGCGUCACGUCAAAUGCGUCAGCUGGAAGCCCCGCGACCUGGCCGACGUCAUGGACUGCCUUCGGACCGUAGACAAGCAGGACUUCCUCCGGCUGCUGAACGGCGUGGACCCGCGCAAGACAAUUUACGCGCCGGUCAGCGGUGACGCCUACGUACCCAAGGACUGUACGUUCCUCAGCACCUGGCGAAACAAGAUCCGCAGCACAGAGGUGAUGAUCGGGACCAUGAAAGACGAGGGGUCCCUGUUCAUGGACAUCGCUUUCCGCUUGGCGCCCUUUGUGCGAAGCUACAUUGACAUCGACCACCGCACCACCGCCACGGCUAUCAUCAGCGCUCUGUUCAAGAUUCCUGGCGGCUCGGCCAAGAUGGUGACCGAGGCUUACUUCCCUGACGAGCAUCCGGGCGACAAAGAGUCGGUGCUGCGCACCCUGCAGGACGCGGCCGGCGAGGGCCUCUUCGUGUGUGCCUCGAACUUCUUCGCAGAGGUGGCUGCCGACCAGGGCCUGCCCGUUUACCGCUACGUCUUCGCGCACCGGCCCAGCUACAGCCUCUGGCCCCGCUGGUACGGCGCGACGCACGGCGACGACGUGCCCUUCGUCCUCGGCUCGCUGCCUUUCUAUGGGGACCCAAGCCGCUACACGGAGGCCGUGCUCCCGGACCGGGCGCUCUACGACGCCGUCAAACACACGGACCAGGAGGGACGCCUCAUGGCCGACAUGGUCGCCGCCAUCGCCGCCUUCGUUAGAACAGGGAGGCCUACGGUGCCGCUGUCGAACGGCAGCUGGCCGCGCUACACGAACGCCAACCCAGAGUACGUAAGCGUGGAGCUGGACGGCCCCACGAAGCGGCUAGGACCAAGCCGCGAGAUCUGCAACGUGUGGAGGCGCUUCCUCAUAAGAAAGGAUCCUGAGGAGGAAGAGGUAAUGGAAGAAAAAAAGGAGCAAGAGGAGGAAGAGGAGGAGGAAGAAGAAGAAGAGGCAACAGAGGACAGCCAUUCUGGAAACACAAUACAGCAAGCGAGUCCAGUGACAACACCAAGGACCUCCCUGUCUUCCCUCUCUGCCGCUCUUCAGCCAGAGAGGACUUUAAAUCGCGGAGGCAACGGAGUAUCAGAAUCAGGUUGUUUACAGCCACUGUUGGUGGUCGUUUCUACAAUCGCAGUGUCAAUAGUCGGCAGGUUGACAGUCUAGUGCUCUUCUAUAUGACACCAAGAGAGGCUCGUAUACUACUGUAUGCACCAUGCUCAGCAAGUGUUAUGACGCGUCCAUAAUUUCUUUGUCCCGCCAGGACAGCGCGUCUCUUAACCGACCAGCUUUACGGCGCAUACUUGCGACAUAUGCGUGGUUCCCAACAUAGCCUACGCUACCAGGCGAUCCCGAGUCGGGCACAGAGGCUAGACAGGCAUUGCUGGCAGAUUUUGCAAUGCUCUUGUCGCACGCCUAUAGAACUCUUAUGGAGAGUGGUUUCUUCCGUGCCGCAUUUGAAUGUUGAAAAGUUGACACUAUAUGAAAUCCGUAACUCAACAAAGUACGUCCAAUCAGAGUGGAUGUUUAGUUUGCGAAACACAAUUGAAGGCGAACGUUUUACAUAAAAACAUGUCUAUUUUCUCCAUGUACAGUUUCCCGGCCCAUGUGAUCAUACGGGUUUUAUAUAGGAUGCCGUUUCACCACAUCAAAUUAUUA